GCGUGGGCGCCGGGAUGGAGGGCGCCGAGGGGCGGGGAGCGGGCGUGCGUGUGUGUGCGAGUGCGAAUGCGAGGGAGGCCGGCCUUGAGUGAAACCGGAGCUACAAAGAAGGGGAGAGUCCGGGAGCGGGAGGGCGCGAGGGAGGAGCGGCGGCGCCGGGGCAGCUCCGACGGCCUCCCGCGGGGAAGGAGCCCCCGCGGUGCCGCCGAGGCCCCGACGCGGGGCCGCCCCUCGGCCCGCCGCCCCGCUCCCGCUGGGAAUGAUGAAGAAGAACAAUUCCGCCAAGCGGGGGCCUCAGGAUGGAAACCAGCAGCCUGCACCGCCCGAGAAGGUCGGCUGGGUCCGGAAAUUCUGCGGGAAAGGGAUUUUCAGGGAGAUUUGGAAAAACCGCUAUGUGGUGCUGAAGGGGGACCAGCUCUACAUCUCUGAGAAGGAGGUAAAAGAUGAGAAAAAUAUUCAAGAGGUAUUUGACCUGAGUGACUAUGAGAAGUGUGAAGAGCUCCGGAAGUCCAAGAGCAGGAGCAAGAAAAAUCAUAGCAAGUUUACUCUUGCCCACUCCAAACAGCCCGGUAACACGGCACCCAACCUGAUCUUCCUGGCAGUGAGUCCAGAAGAGAAGGAAUCGUGGAUCAAUGCCCUCAACUCUGCCAUCACCCGAGCCAAGAACCGUAUCUUGGAUGAGGUCACCGUUGAGGAGGACAGCUAUCUUGCCCAUCCCACUCGCGACAGGGCAAAAAUCCAGCACUCCCGCCGCCCCCCAACAAGGGGACACCUAAUGGCUGUGGCUUCCACCUCUACCUCGGAUGGGAUGCUGACCUUGGACUUGAUCCAAGAGGAAGACCCUUCCCCUGAGGAACCAACCUCUUGUGCUGAGAGCUUUCGGGUUGACCUGGACAAGUCUGUGGCCCAGCUGGCAGGGAGCCGGCGGAGAGCAGACUCAGACCGCAUCCAGCCCUCCGCAGACCGGGCAAGCAGUCUCUCCCGACCUUGGGAAAAAACAGACAAAGGGGCCACCUACACCCCCCAGGCACCCAAGAAGUUGACGCCCACAGAGAAAGGCCGCUGCGCCUCCCUGGAGGAGAUCCUAUCUCAGCGGGACGCUGCCUCUGCCCGCACCCUCCAGCUGCGGGCUGAGGAACCCCCAACCCCUGCGCUCCCCAACCCGGGGCAGCUGUCCCGGAUCCAGGACCUGGUAGCAAGGAAACUGGAGAAGACUCAGGAGCUUCUGGCAGAGGUUCAGGGACUGGGAGAUGGGAAGCGAAAGGCCAAGGACCCCCCUCGGUCUCCGCCGGAUUCUGAGUCAGAGCAGCUGCUGCUGGAGACGGAACGGCUGCUGGGAGAGGCAUCAUCGAAUUGGAGCCAGGCAAAGAGGGUGCUGCAGGAGGUCAGGGAGCUGAGAGACCUGUACAGACAGAUGGACCUGCAGACCCCGGACUCCCACCUCAGACAGACCACCCCGCACAGUCAGUACCGGAAGAGCCUGAUGUGAGGGCAGGGUGGGGUCUGGAACUUGUUGAGUUGGACAGACUUAUCUCCGUGUUGCUGGAUAAAGCUUUUUUAUUUACCUCAAUCAAAAAAAGAAAACAAAAAUGAACUCA